AUUUUAUUUCUUUCUCAAAGUGUGAAUUUGUCACGUUUCCUUCUUUUCGUAAUUAAGUCGACUAGGUACGAGAUUUAACAACAACAAAACUAAUUAAUCCAAUUUGGUUACAAUCUAAGACGACCAGAGGUUUGCUGUGAAUCCACAGGAUGGAUCGUCGAACUCGUAAGAGAGUGAGAGAAGCGAAAAAGGCUGCCCGUCCAGAACUUAAAGACAAGUAUGACUGGUAUAAGCUGAAUUAUUAUAAGGUAUUUGAUUUGUCCUGUGAUUCUGUGCCAGAUAAAGUGGAGAGAGUUGACGCAACCAAGACUACAAAAGAAGAAUUUAUUGAACAAUAUGAAAGACAUUUUAAACCUGCAGUGAUAGUGAACAAUCAGUUGGAUUGGAGGGCGACAAGAAAAUGGACACCGGAGAAACUUGCCAGAAAAUACCGCAAUCAGAAGUUCAAGUGUGGAGAAGACAACGACGGUUAUUCCGUCAAAUUAAAAAUGAAAUAUUACGUAGAUUAUAUGCAAAAUAAUAAAGAUGAUAGUCCUUUGUACAUAUUUGAUAGCAGCUAUGGAGAGCAUACAAAACGAAGAAGACUUUUAAAAGAUUAUACAUUACCAAACUAUUUCCAGGAUGAUUUAUUUAAAUAUGCAGGAGAAGCCAAAAGGCCACCAUACAGAUGGUUUGUUAUGGGGCCUGAACGAUCUGGUACUGGCAUACACAUAGACCCCCUGGGUACAAGUGCUUGGAAUGCCCUUGUGGUGGGCCACAAAAGGUGGUGCAUGUUUCCAACACAUACUCCAAAAGAAUUGAUCAAACUCCGUCCAGGAGAAGGUGGUCAACAGCGAGACGAAGCAGUUAUGUGGUUUAAAAAAGUCUAUCCAAGAACUCAGCUGCCUUCAUGGCCAAAAGAUUGCCAGCCGUUGGAGAUUCUUCAAAAGCCAGGUGAGACUGUUUUUGUUCCUGGUGGUUGGUGGCAUGUGGUCAUUAACUUGGACACAACAAUUGCAGUGACUCAAAAUUUUAGCAGUGUGACUAACUUUCCUAUCGUGUGGCAUAAAACUGUGCGAGGACGACCAAAGUUAGCUAAGAGAUGGUAUGCUGCCCUCAAGAAACAUCGCCCUGAACUAGCUGCCAUUGCUGACAGUGUUGAUCUCAGUAAGCCAACAGAUUUAGCAUCAGAUAGCUCAAGUUCAAGUUCUAGUAGUAGCAGUGACAGUGACUGCUCAACGUGCUGCUCCUCUGACGACUCGGACAGUGAUGUGAAUGAUACAAGGCGAGAAAGUGACAAAAGAACUAAAAGACGAAAAAUCUCUUCAGAUCAUGAAAUGGAACAAGAGAGACAAAGAAGCUUGUCUUCAACUCCAAAGAAUUGUAGAUGACAUAAUAACGCAGGCUUUAUGCAGUAACUACUUACUAACACAUUGUGAUCUUGCCAAUAAUUAAUGUUGAAAUGACAUGAGGAGAACCAAUCAUAAGACCAUUGUAGGUAUGACUAGGUUUGCUGGUAGAAUGUAUGGACAUACAGCAUAUCUUGAUGGUAAUUACUAUAUGCAGUAGAAGGGGAAAACAAUUCCUUGUAGGGGAUUCAACUUAGCAAGGGAUUAUGAAUAAGGAAGUUGAAUGGCUAGAAGGACAUUGAACAGCUAGAAAGGGUAAUGGAUGGCUAGACAUGACAAUUAGUGGUUAGAAGUUGAUAGCUAGAAUGCUGUUGAUAACCAAAACUACUAGUUCUAAUUUCAACAAUCUGUCUGCAACAACUGGUCACGAUAUGUAUAUCAGUAAUGCAGUUGCUCACUGGACAUCAGCAAUUUGCUGGUAUUUUUUGGAAAAUGUCUUAAAAAAUAGAAAUGUCAAAUGAAGAAAUGAAGCUAGUUGCCAUUGUAGACAAAAUGUCCUAAGCUAAUUUUGAGAGAACCGAUAUAUCUAUACCCGGUAUCCAUAUUUAGCCAGAGGCUCUGUUAUAACAGUCUAAGGAUAUAGAGGGCGCUCUACAAACAUG